UUUCACUGUGAAUCUAGAUUCACGUAGUGCUUUAUUGUGCUCAUCGCUUACAGCAGUCGUAGAAAAUGAUUUCAAAAAAUUUUACUGUGUUAUGUUUAGCUACUCUUUUUGGACUAUCAAAUGCCUUAGUUCCAUCCUACAUUGAAGUCUGUGGCCGACGCAAUCCGAAACUGGACCAAUGUGUAAUAGACAGUGCAAUGAAACUACUACCGAAAUUGAAAGAUGGAAUUCCUGAAUUAGAUGUACCCCCACUCGAACCUCUGGAAAUUGAAGAACUUCCUAUGGCCAAUCUUGAUUCCUUCAGAGCUUCUGCGACUGAUGUUAAGCUCAGGGGCUUGUCUAAUUUUACUAUUAAAAAUCUUAAGGUUAAACUUCAAGAUUAUAAAAUCUACAUUGAAGUUUUAUUUCCUCGUGUCCAUCUCAACUCUGAUUACAAUGUGAAAGCGAAAAUUCUAGUACCUAUUGCCGAAAAAGGACCUAUUGACAUGAUCACAGAAAAUAUAGCUGCGAAGACUACAAUGAAAUUCCGGUUGAUCGAACGUCGUGGACGUCAAAUUAUGUUUUGGGAAGAAAUGACAACAAAAAUUUUCAUUAAAGACUACACGGCUAAUUUUGAGCCUGGUGAACAGAAACCUCUGACUCAGGCCAUUAAUCAAGUUCUUCAAACCAAUAGAAAAGAGAUCAUCGAAAGCAUUACACCAUCUUUGGAGCGAGCCAUUUCUAAACAAAUUCUAGAUAUUAGUAAUCGUAUAUCAAAGCAUUUUUCUUAUGAAGAGUUAUUCCCCGAUCUCGAUUCGUCUCAUAGUGGAUCUAAAAGUCAAACAGUCAAUAUGGCCCACAGAAUAGCAGUUUUCAUCUGCUUUGUGACAAUACUCGCACUUAUCAAUGCUGAUAUUCCAAAAACGAUUAAAAUAUGCGGACGACGCAAUCCUCAACUAAACCAAUGCGUGAUAAAUGCUACAUUGGACCUAAUGCCAAAAUUGAAAACGGGUGUACCCGAACUUGAUUUGUCGUCAAUCGAACCAAUCAAAAUCGACAAUCUUGUCAUGGCAGACAUUGACAAUUUCCAUGCCUACGCAACUAACGUCACGCUCGGUGGUCUCAGUGAAUUCAAGAUAAAUCUCAUGAACGUCGAUUUAGAGAGCGGAAAAGUUGACAUCGAGUAUGUUUUUCCAAAAAUCCAUGUCAAAUCCAAUUACGAAGUAAAGGCUAAGAUACUCAUUCCAAUCAACGAGAAAGGACCGAUCGAUCUAAUUACAGAGAAUACUCUGGUGAAAGCACGAAUGUUGUUCAAAAAAGUAAAUCACAAGGGACGCGUCAUGAUGUACUGGACGUCGAUGAAAAUGAAGAUCAAGAUUACGGACUACACUGCGAAUUUUGUGUCGAGCGACGAUAGUCCAAUGACACAAGCCAUCAACCAAGUGCUGGCGACUAAUCGCCAAGAGAUCAUCGAGAGCAUGACCCCGAGCUUUGAAAAAUCUCUGUCGGCCAAGGUGCUGGAAUUAGGCAAUCAAAUUUGCAAGCGAUUUUCCUUUGACGAAUUAUACCCUGAUAGGGAAUGAGUUUGAUUUUUCUUUGUUAAUUAAAGUGUAGCGACGAUAAAAAGUCUGAAUUAUCUAUGAA